AGUUGAGUAGGUAAACAGUGGUUGAAAGCAAUGUCUCAAAAAAAACAGUUUGACGUUGACUUUUAACACGUGAACCAUACCUUCAUUUUUCGAAAACAUGUCUAAUAUUUUGCUACAAAUGCACUUGGAAAGAGCAUGGGAAUAAAAUCGGUAUUCUUAAAUGUAAAUAGAAGUACCAACAGAAAUGGCAGACGAAACAGUUUUCGAUAAGAAAAAAUCGCAUCAUGCAAAACGCGCUGGGCGUAAAGUCGAGAAGAAGAAGAACAAGAAUAAAAUAGACCAAUCUAACCUAAGCGCUCGUCAGCGAAAUCCUAAAGCUUUCGCCAUCCAGAAUGCUGUACGAGCUGAAAGACAAUUCCGUCGGCGUGAAGACGUUAUCUCCAAAAAACAGCACAUCCCCCAAGUAGACAAGACGCCGUUGGAACCGCCUCCAGUUGUGGUCGCUAUCGUAGGACCACCGCGCGUCGGUAAGACUACACUCAUAAACAACUUGAUUAAAAGCUUCAUAAAAACAAAUGUAACCAACACCGACGGUCCCAUUACUAUCGUCACGUCUAAAAAGCGCAGGAUAACGUUGAUAGAAUGCAAUAAUGAUGUAAAUUCAAUGAUAGACAUAGCCAAAUGCGCUGAUCUAGUGCUGCUCCUAUGCGAUGCUAGUUUUGGUUUCGAAAUGGAGAUAUUCGAGUUCUUAAACAUAUGUCAGGUGCAUGGAAUGCCCAAGAUAAUGGGUGUGUUGACACAUCUCGACAUGAUAAAGAACGCAAAGACAUUAAAAACAACAAAGAAAACUCUAAAACACAGGUUUUGGACAGAAGUCCAUCCCGGAGCCAAGCUGUUUUACCUCUCUGGUAUAAUCCAUGGAGAAUAUUUGAGGAAUGAAAUAAAAAAUCUUUCAAGAUUUAUCUCGGUAAUGAAGUUCAGGCCUUUAAGCUGGAGAAUGACCCAUUCAUAUGUAUUAGCUGAUAGAUUAGAAGAUAUAACAAGUCAGGAGGCAAUAAGAAAAGAUCCAAAAGUGAAUAGAGAUGUGGUGCUGUAUGGCUACGUACGGGGUGUUCCCUUGAUGAAAGAAAGCAUGGUACAUAUUGCUGGUGUUGGUGACAUGAAGAUCAGUGAAUUGUCAUAUUUACCUGAUCCUUGCCCUCUACCAGGCAGUGAAAAAAAACGGCACUUAAUGGAGAGAGAAAGACAAAUCUAUGCGCCAUUCGCAGGAGUUGGCGGCAUCGUAUACGACAAGGAUGCAGUAUAUAUAGAACUGAAGGGCUCUCAUUCACAUAAACAUGAAGAUGAAGAGACAAACGAGAAGAAGGAGUUGCUGAAAAAUGUUGUUGAAACUAAGGAAACUGUGGAUGAACAGAUGCAGGAAUCUGGGCUUAAACUAUUCAGUGGAGGGGCUGUUAUUUAUCCUGAUAUGAUGAAGGACGAUGAAUAUUUACAGCAGAACAAGAAGAAUGAUGAGUCUGAAUCAGAAGGUGAUUUAAGUGAUUCAGAUAAUGAUAGUGGGAUAGAACAGAGUGCGAAACACGAAAAAACCAAGCUGCCCUGGGAUAAUGAAUCUCAGUCUGAAGAGGAAGACAGUCAAGGUAUAGAUGCAGAAAACAAGGAUGGCGAUGAAAGUUUGGAAUCCGAUGAAGAAGUGGAUAAUGAUGAAAAUUUUGAUACUAAAUGGAAAGAGAAGUUAAGUGAAAAAGCCACUGAAGCAUACUUUGAGAGACAAAAAACUUCAAAAAAUAUUAUGAAACUUGUGUAUGGAGGUUUUGAGAUUGGUCACAAAACUAUAGAUCAGAAUGAAGAAAAGGAUAACAGUACUGAUGACGAGGAGAUCGGAGGCUUAUUCAAGAAAGUUACAGAUACUCAGAAGAAAAAACAUAAAGAAAAAGAACACUUGGAUCUAGAUGAAUGUUCAUUUUUCUAUGCUACAAAUAAACCAAACUUAAAAGAUUGGACAGCAGACUCAAAUAAGACAUUCUUGAUUAAUAGCUUUGUAACUGGAAAAAGAUCAGCUGAUGAGGAUGCAUCAGAAUUAUUGAAGUUAGAUGAUGCUAGUGAUGCUGAAGAAGAUGAAGAAGUGUAUGGAGAUUUUGAAGAUUUAGAAACUGGAGAGAAACACCAAGCUGAUAAAGAGACGAAAGAAGCCAGUGGUAAACGUAAAGGUGAACCAACUAAAACAGAAAUUUUGGAAAAGAAACUCAAAUUGAAAGCCAAAUUUGACUCGGAAUAUGAUAACCCAGACGACCAUAGAAUUAAAGGCGAUCAUUCUUACUACGAAAAUUUAAAAGCAGAAGCACUUAAGCAGUCAGAAUUAAACAAAUCUGUCUUUGAAAAUUUGGAGCAUGGUCUCAGAGUAGAGGUGGAAGGGUUUAGACCAGGACUGUACGUCAGGAUGCUAUUCAAAAACACGCCAUCAGAGUUUGUGACGAAUUUCGAUGCAAGCUAUCCAAUAUUAAUAGGAUCUCUGAACAUGGCAGAACAAAACAUAGGUUUCGUGUCUUGCAAAGUAAAAAAACAUCGAUGGUUCAAGAAAAUUUUAAAAACAAAUGAUCCCCUUAUUAUAUCUUUGGGUUGGAGAAGAUUCCAGACUCUGCCAAUCUAUUCUAAAAUUGAAGACGACUUGAAGCUUAGGUACUUAAAAUACACACCGGAGCAUGUCACAUGUAACAUGCAUUUUUAUGGUCCCAUCACUCCACAGAACACUGGAUUCCUAGCGUUACAAAGUGUUAACAAUAACACAGACGAGAUAAAACAAGUGGGAUUCAGAAUAGCAGCUACGGGAAGCGUUAACGAGAUCAAUAAAUCAACUCAAAUUGUAAAGAAACUUAAGUUAGUCGGUACUCCAUUGAAAAUAUAUAAGAAAACUGCAUUCAUCAAGGACAUGUUCACGAGCACACUGGAAGUUGCGAAGUUCGAGGGAGCCAGGAUCAAAACGGUAUCCGGUAUCAGAGGACAGAUCAAGAAGGCGUUAAGCAAACCCGAAGGCGCGUUCCGGGCGACGUUCGAAGACAAAAUACUCAUGAGCGACAUCGUAUUCUGCAGGACCUGGUUCAAAGUGGACGUAACCAGAUUCUAUGCGCCGGUCGUGAACCUCCUGCUGCCGCCCGGCGAGAAGAACGCGUGGCAGGGCAUGAAAACUAAAGGACAGCUCAAACGAGAAAGAAACAUUAAGAGUGACGCUACCAGAGACUCCAUGUACACAGAAAUACAGAGAGGUCCCAAAGUGUUCAAGCCAUUAGUUAUACCAAAAGCCCUCCAAAAAGGUCUACCGUACCGAUUCAAACCAAAAGAGAAAGCCACAACGCUUUCCGGGAAUAAUCCAAAGGAUAAGUUCAAGGGCCGCGUGGCCGUCGUGAAGAGCCCCCACGAGCAGCAAGUGGCCAACGUCAUGAAAAUGUUGAAGACCAAUUAUCAGAAGAAGAAAGCGACCCAACGAGCGGCGACCGUAGACCGACUCCGCGCGCACAAGAAACUACAAGAAGCCGAGGAGUGGAAGAAGAUCAAGCGACAGAAGGAACUCAAGAAGAAAAUUUGUAGGCAGAUCAGUAAAAUGGGCAAUAAAAAGAAAGCACAAAUGUGAUUAUGUAUUUUAUUUAUUGACCCACAUGG